UCUUCCGAGAACGGAAGGAAUCAGUGGACGUUUCCUUUCGCCUCUAUGGAUCGAGGCAAACCAUUGGCACCAUGGAAGGGUAGUGAUGAAAGUUGUUUCAGGGAAGCGCUCGCCCUGACCCAGCAGUAGCAUAUGUCAGAUGAGAGAGAGGGUCAGAUGCUGCGUGUUGGCUUGUUCCGGACUGGAGGCUAACCCAAAGCUACUCUUCAGAAUGAAUGAGCUUUGUUAAGAGAGCCUCGUGACCAUGGCGGGCCGUGACCCGGCCUUAAGGAGGUGCUGGAGUCAGACGUGUCAAGUUCGAUAACACUUUUGAAAAACCUUCAGGAGCAGGUGAUGGCUGUCACUGCACAAGUACAAGCACUGACAACAAAAGUUCGAGCUGGAACAUAUUCUACAGAGAAGGGUCUGAGCUUCUUGGAAGUGAAAGACCAGCUGUUGCUCAUGUACCUUAUGGAUCUGAGCCACCUUAUCCUGGAAAAAGCCUCCGGAGGGUCUCUGCAGGGACACCCCGCAGUCUUGAGGCUGGUGGAGAUUCGCACGGUUUUAGAAAAACUUCGUCCAUUGGACCAAAAACUGAAGUAUCAAAUUGACAAACUGGUCAGGACGGCAGUGACAGGCAGCCUCAGUGAGAAUGACCCGCUUCGUUUUAAGCCUCAGCCCAACAAUAUGAUGAGCAAGUUGAGCUCUGAUGAUGAGGAGGAAAAUGAAGCAGAGGAGGACCAGUCCGAAGCCUCAGGGAAGAAAUCUGGAAAAGGCGCAUCUAAGAAAUACGUCCCACCACGCUUGGUCCCAGUGCAUUAUGAUGAGACCGAAGCUGAGCGGGAACAAAAGCGUCUGGAGAAAGCCAAGAGACGGGCACUGAGCAGCUCUGUCAUCCGUGAGCUGAAGGAGCAGUACUCGGAUGCCCCAGAGGAAAUCCGUGACGCGAGACACCCUCAUGUUACUCGCCAGAGUCAGGAAGACCAGCAUAGGGUCAACUAUGAAGAGAGCAUGAUGGUGCGCUUGAGUGUCAGCAAGCGAGAGAAAGGACUGCGAAAGCGAGCAAGUGCCAUGAGCUCCCAGCUUCAUUCCCUCACACACUUCAGCGACAUCAGUGCUCUGACAGGGGGCACUGCUCAUCUUGAUGUGGACCAGAAUCCUAUUAAAAAGCGGAAGAAGAUACCCAAGAAAGGUCGGAAGAAGAAAGGUUUUCGGAGGCGCUGGUGACGUGCUUACACAUGCACUUUUGGUUAUCCUUGGAUGCUUCUAACUUCACUGUGUGUAGGAAAUGUGGAAAGAGCUUCACUAAAUAAAAUUGAUUGUGUUUAUGAAUGAAA